AUGGACUGGGUUCCUUGCUCGCGUCAGGCGACAUUCACAGCCACGGUUUUGUCUACUGUUUCGAUGAUAAUAUUAAUUAUUGGCCUACCGAUAAUGCAUAUGCAUAUCCAAAGAAUAACUUCAAACAUGCUGAAUGAAGUAGAGAUGUGUAAGGGAGAAUCGCGAGAUAUCUGGAAACAGAUGUCGUUUACAAAACCGGGAAACGUACUAACAAAGCGUCAAACUCCAUACGGUAACUAUGGUGCAAUUCCAGCUGGGGCAUGUUGUGCAUGCACCCAAGGACCUCCUGGCCCUCGUGGCCCACCUGGGGAGGAUGGAGUGCCUGGAAACGAUGGAUUCCCUGGCCGACAGGGACUCAAUGGGCGCAACGGAAAGUAUCUGCCAGCACCUCCACCGGGCACAAACGCUUGUCAGAAAUGUCCUCCGGGACCACCUGGACCGCCUGGACUUCCUGGCCCUAAAGGUCCGCGCGGAGAGAUAGGAAAAGCUGGAACACCCGGAAGGCCCGGAGAAGACAAUAGGCCAGGCCCUCCAGGUCCACCUGGAAUUCGCGGAGAACCUGGUCCACCUGGCGAUAAGGGACCAACUGGAGAUAGAGGAAAAGUACUCAAUGGAGCGCCUCCUGGUCCUCCAGGCCCUUCUGGAAAGGUUGGACCCCGCGGGCCCCCCGGAAGCAAAGGUCAUGACGGCAAGCCAGGAUUGCCCGGUAACCAGGGAAUUCGCGGUGCAGUUGGAACUCGAGGCGAUGCUGGAAACCCAGGACUUCCAGGACCUCAAGGACCCAAAGGCGAACCAGGAUUGCCAGGAUCCUGCUCACAUUGUGAGAAUCGCGGACGCGAAACAGCGCCGAAACCAAUUCAAACUCAAACUCGCACAAAAGCAGCUUAUCAGGAGAGCAUUCCGUCCGAUCGUCAAGAUUUUCUUUGGAUCCAUUAG